UCGUGACGCAAACAUGGACCAGGCAGAAGAUCGAACCUACCAGAUCGAUAAUGGCGUGCCUGGACGCUCACAGCACUGAUCGCACGCGAACACGCUCAGACAUGUUACAGUCUUGCCUUGAGCAGAACUCAAAGUCUCUCGGAUGGCGAAUGUCCCAGCGACAUGAAGCUGCUGUGUUUUGAACGUGACAACAUUACCCAGCAGUGUUCGCCCACCCAGAAGGGACAUGUGUACAGCGCCAGCUUCGAGUUCUACCCCUUCCACGAGGGGGCCACCUAUGCCAUCUACAAGGGCGUCCUCAGCGGUGAAGGCCCCAGAGAUGGUCAGUUUUGCGUGGUCAGAACGAUGCUGGAUAGACAGGCGGCUGAAGACGACUGGACGCCCCUGCUGAGGAGGGCCGAUGAAGCCCGGAGGUUGGCCGCGGAGUUCAACAAACAUCUAGGCUACAACGCCGUCGUGUUCGAAGAACCAGUUCUUACCCAGAUCGAGGCUGUCUCAGAUUUCACUAGACUCUUUCGAGUCUUCAAACCUCACGACAAACGUCUCAAGCUCAAAGAGUUCGUGGCGUUAGAACGAUAUCUAGAGGGAGAGUUCCGGAAACCCAACAUUCUCUCUCAACAGGCUGCAGCCUGCACUGGAAGCCAUUAUAACAGUAACAGCAAUGAAGAUGAUGUGUAUUCUGGCAUGGCUGCUGGAGAUCACCCGGAAAUGACGCGAACAGAGGAGCGGGACAUCAUUCAGGCGUUCAGUCACUUCAGCUGGUUGGAAACCAAACAGAGCCUAGUGGUGUGCGGCCUGCAAGGAGUCUUCGACGAGGAGUUUCGCACGUUUCGAUUCUGCAACCCCGUCAUACACUCCAAGGACAAACGAUUCGGCGAAAGCGACGGGGCUACGGCGGGAAUUCAAGAGUUCCUCGCCAAACAUCGAUGCAACAACCACUGCAACGCCUUCAAGUCGAGAAGGGAGCUGAGACGAGAUCACAACAUUUUCUCUCCCGAGACGAACGACAAAUUGAUGCCUUCCAUAUCACGCUUUUUGGAACUUGCGAAUAAUACCUGACCACAGAUUUGGCUGUUAAAUCUAUAGUAGAUUGGGGAGGGUUUUUUUGUGUCUUCGCGAGUGCCUAAUAUUCGUGGAUUUCUUAUAUUGCACAGCAGCCUAAUACGGGGUGCCUAUUACUGAUGGGGUCGGCGGGUCGGGCCGAUCACCGGACUCGGUCGUCUCAAAUACAAACGUGUUUAUUUUCAGUUUCGGGCGACUGAGUCGGGCGAUCGGCCCGACCCAGCCGUAAUGGGCACCCCGUAUAAGAUUAAAUGACGCGAUAACGAUGCUCGUUGGAACUUUUAUACCUAUGGUGUUUGCUGUACACAUUUUUAACAUAGUAAAUCUGUUUAGCAUGUUGAAGGUCAGGUCAAUUUUAAAUUAAUUUUUCGAUAAAACGAGUGAGCCAAACGAGAGAAGAGCCACGGAACAUCUUGAUGAAGCUUAAUUUUCAAGGAUGCCUGUUUUGAAAUUUAGUCAACUGGGAUCACCCGCUCCGCAGUCCAGAAUGAUAUCAACUGAGCUUACAGCGCACAUCAGGCUUACAACUGGGAAAGAAAGAGGAAGAAAGUUAGUUCGUCACGAUGCCCUUUCUAACAUAUGGGAUCAUUUUUGUGUUUGGGAAAAUGAGAUGCUCGAGUAAGAAAA